AUGCUUGUGCGGGAUCAUCAUAAGCAACCGCAUUUGACAACUUCUUCUCCUCGAGGCGGUACAGGGAAGAAUAGCUGUGCUGACAUUGUUAUGGCGUCUCCUGUGUCAAAACCGUGUGAGGGGGCGGUGAUUGGUGAAGAUUAUGUGCGAAUGUUGAUGCAAACAAUACGGAACCAUGAUGGAGAGAAACUUGCUCUACUUCAGCGCAUUGAUGAGUGCAUCAAACCAGAAUAUGAAGAGUCACAGCGUCUACGUGGGGAGGUUAAUGAAAAGGAAAAAAAAUUAGGUGAACUGGAGAGAGAACUUUCAGAGAAUCGACUUAUGCUACAAGAAGAAAGAGAGCGGGCGGAUCGAUUACUAUAUGAAAAUACAGUUCUUCACGCACAAGCAGAAGAAGAUCGUAAGCGGAUUGCUUCAUUCCUACAGUUACAUAGACCAUCAAAUGAAGGAUUUGCUGCAGUCACAGGUGUUUCCCCUAGUACAGCUACUGCAACAACUGGUAGAUCUCGUUCACUACAUGGUAACGAAAAGAAACAACCACUGUAUACUUCUUUAGGUAAAAAUAAUGCAUCCAUCCAUCCCCAGAAGGGGAAAGGUGGUAGUGGAAACAGCAACAUUGGUGGUGGUGGUGGUGGUGGUGGUGUUGAUGGUGGAACAAUGAGUCUUCGACAGGCUGUGCGUAAUCAACAUUCAACUGGGGAGAAGGAUGCCUCAUUUAUUGAGACGAAUGCAGCACUACAGGAAAUGGCACUGCCAACUUCACCCUCUCUUAACCUUGUCUCCGCACUGAAGGAGGAGGUACAUAUGUUGCAAGAGCAGUUAGAUGCGCAACGUUCUAUGUACGAGCAUGAGCGUGCCAAACGUGUAGACGAGGAGCGUGAGCGUACGCGGUGUCAUGAAGAUAUUGUCUCUCAACAUUUAUCUACCAUUUCCCGCCUUCAAAAGCUGCACCAAACGACCCUCGCCGACCUUAUCCGCUAUCGCCACGAUUCGCAGAUUGAGCAGCGCGAACUGCGAGGUACAGUAGAGGGACUGCGGGCUUCCGUGGCGGAGGCAAACGCUGCGCUGCAGACGGAACGCCGUCGACACGCGUCGGAUUUGCAGCGGGCGAUGGGCCGCCGCGGCGAUGACUCCGUUUUGUUGCUGCAACGACUGCGGCACGAGUUGGACGGGCGGCGGGCGGCGGCGGCGGCGGUGGCCGAACGGCACGCGUCGGUGUUGGCAGCGCGGGAGGCCGAAGUGCGGCGGCUGCGGGCGGCCCUGCGACGGUCGCGGCGGCGGCAGCAGCGGGCGGAGGAGCGUCACCGUCUGGAGCUGCACGGCGUGAGCAGCGAGGUGAGUUUGAUGCGGCAGGCACUGCGGGCCAUGGAGAAGCGGGUGUACUAUUCACACGGACGCUGUCUCGAUGCAUAA